GAACACUGCAGGGAAGUCGCCAACCGCAAACAAAUCUCGAAGAUCUACGACGCGAUAGUUUGCGGCGAGGAAGGCAGCGCUUGUUGGGCAAGGAAUUCGCUCCGUGGCCUGUUCUUCGACGCUUUGACUAGGGAGGUUGCGUCUUUGCUGGCUAAGGUUGCACCAGAGGCAGAUGAGAGCGGUUGCCAAGUGAUGACUCCUGCCGCAGAA